CACAGAUGACUCAGAGUUAGUAUUUUAAUUGGGUUUUGUUUGUUUGUUUGUUUGUUUGCUUUUAAGUUCCACAUCGUUCAUGAUGGCUGGACCUAAGACAUUGAUGGAAGUCCUUUGGGGACAUCUGGAAAACCUCUCAGAGAAAGAUUAUAAACACUUCAAAUUUAUAUUAUCUGAGUUCCCAUUCGAUGACAAACCUUCAGUUGCCUGGGGUAAACUGGAGAAGGCUCCUAGGACAGAUGUUGCAAUACUCUUGAGACGACACUAUGGUAUGGAGAGAGCAGUGGAUGCAACUAUCAAAGUCUUCAAAAGGAUCAAUCGCAGGGACUUGGCUGCUAAACUCCAGGAGGAAAAGGACACAGCUCCCGGUCAUGGGCAAAGCUGUGGAAGAUCAGGAAAAGGUACGUCACAGACCGACAAAGUGGUGCCGAGCAGGUAUCACUGAUUGCCAAAGCUCAACUAGA